CAGCCCUGUUCUGUCCAAGAUUGUGAUCUUUGGUUGAAGAAACUUGAUAUUCCCUGAUUGUUUAAUAAGGAAUUACCUUGAUCAGAUUCCCAAACUUUUUUUUUCCAGAUCAUUGAUAUUGUGUUGCAACGGUCCUAGGAAUAGAUGUGUCCUAAGCAGAAGCUGGUUAUACCUUUUGCUCUGAGAGAAGUCUAUCGACGGAGAAAUACUUAUGUCUAAACCAGGGAAAAAGAAACGCUUAAGGUUGGGGGAUUUAAAUCUUCCUGUUACAAUGAAUAUUUCCUACCUGAAAAUGCUCCUCAAAAAGGAGCGUGAUAAAGAUCCCAGAUAUAAAAGAAUGAAAGAGAGAUCUCGUCUUGAACAGAACUCCAAACACCAAUUUGUACAAGCCCUGCAGCCAUUACAGCUUCCAUUUAUAGUUCCAGUGCCAACUCAAAGCCCUCAACAUGCCAAUAUCCAGCAGCGGUCAAAUCGACUGAAUGCUGAUGGCAGCAAAUAUCAGUCCUCCUCCCAGCAGAUUCCCAAUAAACAACCCUCCUCACACCACACCACCACACAGAACAAACACAAGUCAGGGGUCUCCUACACCGAGGGCGGUAAGCUAGUAGCUGCUGUUGCUCCAACAACAACACUUCCACAGCUGAGCAAUCAAAACGACCUCAAAAAUUCCCACCAGAAACAGCACCAUGAAAACGAUUCCAACACCCUCCCUCAGCUCAACAAGAAAUCAGAAGCUUACACUCGUCAAAGUUCCUACUCCACUAUCAACACAGGUACCCCUGACAGGACAAAGAGGGAUGCUUACGGGAACAAGCUGCCAAUGACUCCUGGAGAGGCUCUUAAGCAAUUUAGAAGUAAAUUGACAGCGUUUGAACAGACAGAGAUCUUAGAUUACCCAGAGAUCUGGUUCCUCGGUCUUGAGGCUAAGAAGAUCGAAGGUGUCCCCGGUGGAGCUCAAAACAAUGGCUACGAUGAUGAAAAUGGAUCCUACAUCAAGAUAAUAGGUGACCAAAUGGCAUUCCGCUAUGAAAUUUUGGAAGUCGUAGGGAAAGGGUCAUUUGGUCAAGUGGUUAAAGUCCUUGACCAUAAGCGUGAUGAGGAAGUGGCUAUUAAGAUUGUUCGUAAUAAGAAGAGAUUUCACCACCAAGCUUUAGUGGAAGUAAAAAUUCUAGAUGCUCUGCGUCGACGAGACAAAGACAACCAAUUUAAUAUCAUCCACAUGGGAGAAUACUUCUAUUUCCGCAAUCAUCUCUGUAUCACAUUCGAGCUCAUGGGGAUGAAUCUCUAUGAGCUAAUCAAGAAGAACAAUUUUCAGGGAUUCAGUAUAGCUUUAAUUCGUAGAUUUGCCUUUUCUCUCCUGCAAUGCCUUAAAAUGUUGCAUCGCGAGAGAAUUAUUCACUGUGAUCUGAAGCCAGAAAAUAUAUUACUUCGACAACGAGGUCAAAGUUCAAUAAAAGUGAUAGACUUUGGAUCAAGUUGUUAUGAACAUCAAAGGGUGUACACGUACAUCCAGAGUCGUUUUUACCGGUCUCCGGAGGUAAUCCUAGGUUUACCCUACUCCAUGCCUAUAGACAUGUGGAGCUUUGGCUGUAUCCUGGCAGAGCUCUACACGGGGUACCCCCUGUUCCCCGGGGAGAAUGAGGUGGAACAGCUGGCCUGUAUUAUGGAGGUCCUGGGACUCCCCAGCGGGAACGUACUGGACCAGGCAACCAGAAGGAGGCUCUUCUUUGAUUCCAAGGGUAAUCCCCGUUGUAUAACAAACAGUAAAGGUAAAAAGAGGAGGGUGGGGUCUAAGGACCUGCAGCAGGCUGUGAAGACGUGUGAUGCUAACUUCCUGGACUUCAUCAGGCGUUGCCUAGAAUGGGACCCCAAUAUCAGAAUGACCCCUGAGGAGGCCCUUCAGCAUGACUGGAUCAAGGAGGGUCUGGUUAACCGUAAGGCGCGGGAUUCCAACCGCUCACAACAGAAGGCCUCCCACCGACCCUCACCCGCCGUGUCUGACCAUAACAAUGAAGCCCAGAAACCUACAGACCCUUACAAGGUGCCGGCCCAGGUUCCAGGCAAAGAGCGACAGAAGAGUGAUGAAUGGAAAGUGAGUCUGAAGGAAAGAAAACAGAGUGCCAAACGGGUUCCCCCCGUGGGAGCCUCAGCUGAGCACACUCGAGAAGAGCACAGUGCUAGAGGACCCCAUUAUUUUACAGCACCCAGUGCCAAGAGUAACAAGGACAGUGCCCGGAGGGACCCCAGCCACACCGUGGUCAAUCAUGAAGAGGUCAAGAACCUGGCCACCGGUCACCCCCUCCACCCCAAGCCGGACCCCACCGCCACCGACGAGUCCAAAUUCUUGCCACCCAUCGGAAAAUAAUUUCAAUCUCUUUCUUGCUGAAGCAAUAAACUGCAAUUAUUUUAUUACUCUUGAAAUGGACUUAAAAGUACAAGUGACAAAAAUGUUUUACUUUUAUUGUGGAAUUUUUUGUCUUCUUCAAAUACAUAGAUUAACAGGAUUUUUAAAAAUACAUUUGAAAUGUUGACUUUUGAUGUGAUUUUUUAAAAUACAAUCAUUCUCAGAUUUCACAUGGCUGCAUCCGUCCAUUGCAGUGGAUUAUUUUUUACUAUGCAUGUCUAUAAGAGAGUUUUGUUAAAUGUUUACUGAAGAUUCCAGCCAGAUAUUUUUUACUCGAGAGCAAGCCAAGACACCUGACCAGUAUUAUAAUUUCUUGUAUGUCUUAUGUACAUAGGUUCUGUCCCAGUAUUAGUUUCUAUAGUCCUGGUGGUCAGUAUUGAAUAGGGUAUAUCAUACACAGUCCCCUUGUUCCCUGUCUUGUUAGUAUAUAACAUUUUAACAUGCAAUCCAUGAAUAUUUAUUUUCCAACAUUUUUAUUGAAUGCAUUUAUUAUAAACACAUUCUACUUGCAUUUAGAAUGACCUUUUUUAGUCAUGUUGAGUCAGACAUUUUGUUAAUUUUUUACAUGUAUAUAUUAUGUACAGUUUUAUCAGCUCAAUGAGGUCUCUGUAUAUAGUACUUAAUAAUUCCUUGUAUUCCGUCCAAUGUUGUACAUCAUUAACAUACUGUUAAGCCCAUAUUCAGAUGAAUAACCAAAUGUAUAUCGUUUGUUUAUUCUAAAUGAGAGUUUUAUGCAAAUUACAAAAAUACUGGUGGUAUGAAAAAAAAAGAAGAAGAAAAUUUAAGGAUGGACUUAACUAAUUUAUGUUUAUAUUAAUUGAUUGAAAUAUUUUGUGUUAUAUAAUGAGUUUAUAUAGUAGAAAAUGAUGCCAGGCAUUCCUUCAUUUAAUUUUUGAAACAGUGCUGAAAACCUUAUAAAUUGUGUAAUCUUGAUUUGAAGUCAUAUUUUGCUUAUGAUUUUUUUUACUGUGAUUGCCAUUGUAGAUGUUCUUUCUGUUUUUUUUUUUUGAAACAAUUUAGAGCAUAGUAGAUUUUGAUGGAGCCAUUUUUCUAUCCAGUAAAAUGAACAUUGAUCUUAUUUUCAUAGUUUAUUUGGCAUUUUAAAAAAAGGUAUUAAAGAGCAGGGUUUCUUCUUACAAAUUUAAAAGCUUUACUUGGAAGGCAUAACAGAUUUACUUUGAAUUUGGAGCUUAUUUAAAUGAUAGAGAUUUGGAACUUUUUGGAUCUAUAAGAUCAAUCUUUAAAAGUGUGCUCAUCAAAAAUCUACUCUUAGAACUAUGCUUUAUAAGAAGGACAUGCUAGCUUAGACAGAAAGAAAUAUAGCAUUGAUAGGAAUAGCAGAGUACCGGUAGUUGUAAUAGUGCUAGAUGGCAAAUCCUAGAGUACAAUAUAUUUUGUUUGAUAUAUAUCUUUCAUUGGGUGAUUCUUCUGUUUUGUUUAGUUUUCGUUUACGUAGAAGGAUUAUUUAAUGAAGAGACUUGUACUUAAGAUAAAUACUAAGAUAUACAAACAUGUACAUAGCAAAUUACACAGCAAUAUGACACUCAGCAUCAAUUGUGCAUCUUCCAUGAUCAGAUAUUGUGAUAAUCUUUGUGCAAUAAACAUUUUAGGUUUUAGA